UGUAUCUCCAGUGGAGCACAGCGCCAGUAUCAAAACAGCAGAAGCAGAGGUCGAGAACGAGGAAAGGAUUCAACUCUGCCUCAAGUGUACACGUACGUCAGUCGAAAAAACAAAAGCAGCAAAUCUGCAUUGAAUGAAAAGGAAGCAUGCUGCCAGUUUGUUGAGCAGCCUGAAAAGCCGCAAAACUUUGAGAGCUUCAUUUGCAUUACGUACAAUUUUUCUUAAUGCAAAUAUAACAUUUCACGUUUUACUAUCUCUCUCCCGCCCCAAGGGAAAACAUCAGGAAAAUGAAGCUUUGCAAUUGUGUAUCUCUCUGAAACUCCGAAGGAUUUGUCGUGCUCCCACUACAAUAGUUUGUGGUAACGCGAGUAAUCAAUCAUCCUGAGAACCUUGACACAGUAAGCGACCUCAAGAUGACUGGCUCCGAAGCUGACUCGGCGCCGCUGAUGGGAUCAAGCGAGCGGACAAAGCACAGCAACGCAAAUUCAUUGAAUCAAUGGAAAAAAAUCAUGUCGGCUGUGUUAUACGGAGUUGCUUCAUUCAUGAUCACAGUUGUAAACAAGACUGUGCUCACCACGUACAAAUUUCCUUCGGUGCAAUUUUUGGGCAUGGGACAGAUGAUUGCGACUGUGGUUGUUCUCUUCGUUGGAAAGAGACUCAGAAUUAUCCAGUUUCCAGACUUCGCCAGGGACACGUUCAAAAAGAUUUGGCCCUUGCCGCUAAUCUAUAUCGGCAACAUGAUCUUUGGAUUAGCAGGAACGCAAAAAUUAAGUCUUCCUAUGUUUACUGUGCUUCGGAGGUUUUCAAUUUUGAUGACCAUGAUAGCCGAGCUCUACAUUCUCAACAUUAAACCUAGUCUUGCCAUUCAAGUUUCCGUUUACACCAUGAUCGCUGGUGCGAUUGUUGCUGCUAGCAACGACCUAGCGUUCAACAUGCAAGGGUACUUUUUCGUGUUAGUCAACGACUUCUUCACUGCCACAAACGGUGUCAUAAUGAAAAAGAAGCUGGACGCGAAGGAGCUGGGCAAAUACGGACUGCUCUACUACAACGCACUCUUCAUGCUGGUGCCGACGUUCCUGCUUUCGUACGGCACUGGCGAACUGCAAGCCGCGUUGGCCUACGACAACUGGGGAGACUCGCUGUUCCUCGUGCAGUUCUUGCUCUCUUGCGUCAUGGGCUUCAUUCUGUCGUACACAGUGAUUUUGUGCACGCAACACAACUCAGCGCUCACCACUACCAUCAUCGGGUGUUUGAAAAACAUUAGCAUCACCUACUUGGGAAUGAUCAUCGGCGGAGACUACAUUUUCUCCUUUGUAAACUUCAUGGGCCUCAAUGUCAGUGUAAUUGGUAGUUUUCUCUACGCGUAUGUGACCUUCAAGCCGUCGCCCCCGCCUCAGUCUCUCCAAGGGGUCAGUGUUGUUUGACACAACAGCAUUUCCAGGGACAAAUACACAGUGUGAUUGACUGCAGGAGAUGCAGGAUAGUGUUUAGAAAAAAUAUACUUUCACCGUCGGAAAACAAACUACAAUAUUUAUCAUGUUAAUAAGGCUUUUAUUUAUGGGAUGCAAAGAUUGCAAAGUCAGAGUUGUGAAAUGUGAAAAUUAAAAGAUGAGCUUUGAUGAUGCAACGAGA